UCAUGCUUCAAUGAAGCAGAGGAAUCCACCGGCUUGCAAAGGAAACUGCAUCAGGACAAAGAUAAAUCUCCUGGCAUUCCUGGAAACAUAGAGAGAUGAUCCUCCUUGUUUUGUGUGUGUGCCUGGCUGCAGAAUUGCACCAAUCUGAGGGAUCUCUCAGCCAACCAGAUGCUCUGGGGACCAUCAGUGCGGACCAGCUAAUGGAAAUCAUUGAUCUUCACAAUGCAUUAAGGAGAAAUGUGGAUCCACCAGCCAAAAACAUGCUGAAAAUGAGUUGGAAUGAGGAAGCUGCGGCAAAUGCUCAAGCAUGGGCUGAUGAAUGCACGCUAAAUCACAGUCCAAAAGCACGAAGAGUGGUUGGUAGAAAUCAAUGUGGUGAAAACCUCUUCAUGUCAAGCGGGCCCUCCAACUGGACUAACGCAAUUAUAUCUUGGUACAACGAAAAUAAAUUUUUCAAACACGGCGUGGGAGCAACCCCAGAAGGCGCGGUCAUUGGCCAUUACACGCAGAUGGCUUGGUAUUCGACCUAUAAGAUGGGAUGCGGUUCUGCCUACUGUCCUAAUCAACCAACGUUCAAGUAUUAUUACGUUUGCCACUACUGCCCUGCAGGGAACAUUCAAGGACGUAUUGCAACCCCAUAUGAAAAAGGACCUCCAUGUGGGGCAUGUCCGAAUGACUGUGAGGAUGGACUCUGCACUAAUCCAUGCAAAUUUAGAAGCGAGUACCCCAACUGUGAUCAGUUGGUUGCUGACUGGGGAUGUGACCACCCGAUGCUAAGUAAGAACUGCGAGGCUUCUUGCAAAUGCACCACAGAAAUAAGAUAAAAUCUCCCCAGUUAACUCGUUUACGCGCUUCCUCGCCUGGUGUCGAAACCGUAACUUUGCGUUCAAACGCUAUCUUCUGUCACCAUUUAUAUUUCGGAAUGCAGAUUAGGCAAAGUUUGGGGAUGGCAACGAGACUAUUUCACGUGAGAGUUUCCCCACUCCUGUAACCAAAUUUGCUUCGCUAAUAAAGCUUUAAUUUCAAAAA